AUGACUUCUAUUGAGAACCUUAAGUCUUUUGAUCCAUUCGCCGACACUGGUGACGACGAUUCUCAACCAACUAACUACCUCCAUAUCCGUAUCCAACAAAGAAAUGGACGUAAAACUUUAACCACUGUACAAGGUUUGCCAAGUGAAUACGACUCUAAACGUAUCUUGAAAGUUUUGAAGAAAGACUUUGGUUGUAACGGUAACGUUGUCAAAGACGAAGAAUUGGGUGAUGUUAUCCAAUUGCAAGGUGAUCAAAGAGCUAAAGUUUUGGAAUUUUUGACUACUCAAUUAGGGCUCAAGAAGAAAACCAUCAAGGUCCACGGUUUCUAA